AUGUCACAAAUCCAUACCAAGUUCCAGCGCCCCACCGUUCUCUUCUCCGAAAACUACACUUUAGAUCGUCCAAUAUUUGAAGCUCAGUUUUCGCUACAGGCUCACGGCAAAAUGAAACCCAUUACUACUGUAUUGGACCUGGCUAGGCAAGCCGGCCGUGCUUGUCUGCAAGCGCAAGAGCCGCAGCGAAUCGGAGCGAGUUUGCUUCAGAUUAUAAAUAUGGAUUCAAUUGACUCAAUUCAUUGGAAGCGCGGCAAAGACUCUUAG